ACUACGAACAUAAACAAGACGCUGGAUUAGAGUCCGAUAAAACCUACUGAUUGAGGGGUAUAAAAUAAAUGAAAAACUCUCGCGUGAACGAUGGUGGCUCCUUUCCGUCUGGAAUCUGGUGGUAGAACAUAUGUGAGACGCCCGGCCGUGUGGAUUUUGUAGUUGAAAGAGGUGACCGUCGGGAGAAAGUGAGAGAUAAGAAGGUCUCAUGUCAAGACUCAAGGAGAUGGAGAAUGUCAUCAUGUGUGACCCCUUAGGUGAUGAUGAUAUUACCGUUGAGGAGGAUCCCCUUGGCUAUAACGAGGAGCUUGAAGUCAAGGAUGAACCCUUUGAAUUUUUUGAUGACCCGUCAUGCUGGCCAUCGCAUCGGGGAGCGAAUUGCAAUGAUGAUGAUGAUGAGGAGUUCCCUGGGCUGGAGAUCCUCAGUGUUGAUGACAUAGCCAAGGAUGAUGGGGAUGACAGUAACCACCUGGAGCUCAUAGAGAUGAUUGAGGUGGGAGGACCAGAUACCUGCUCACCUGCCACUGAAUUGCCCUUGCCAGAAGAAGUGCCUAGCAGCUCCAAUGUUGCCGAUACACUCACAGAGGAGAGCCACAGUCCCGGCCAGUUCUCCACUGACCUCAACAAGGAAAAGUUGGAUGCUCUGGUGAAGCGUGAAGCCAAUAUCCUCAAGACACAGGAGAGGAGGGAGAAGGAAAUGGUGAAGAAGAAGGAGCUGCAGCGCCAGUUGGAAGUGCACAGGAUAAAGGUGAAGCGGCUGCAGAAGGAGCUAGAUGAAGAGAAGAAGAAGAUGCAUCACAUCCAGAAUCAGCUGAUUAACCUCAGAAGGAGGGUGCGGCGGCAGGAACUCAAGAUCAAGCAAGUGGGUGGAAGCUUGAUGUCCAAUCUAGACACGGGCCAGGAUCCUCUUAAGGAUAAGAAGUUGGUUGAUGUGCCUCCAUUGGCCCUAGGUGCAGAUGGAUCAGGGGAAACACCCAAGGGCAAGAGAAAAGUGGGAGAUUCUUCCUCCUCUGUAGGGAGAGCAGAUACAAAGGCAGACAAUGUGAAGGGUAAGAGGAAAGGAGGGGAGCAUGUCCCAGUGAAAUUUGAAGGGAAGAAUGACACCAUUAAGGGCAAAAAGAGAGGAGGGGAUGCCUCUCUCAUAAAGUUAGAAGGAAAAGGGGAGGAAUGCAGCCCAAAGAAGAAACCGGCAGUGACAAACAUUUUAGAUGGUUUUAAGGGCAGGUUAAAAGUGAGUGUCAAAGGCUUGGCAAUGAAAAGAAAAAUCAUAAAUGAAGAAGAAGAACCAAAGAAAAAGAAAAUGACAAAGGUAAGUGAAAUAAAGAAAGGAGCAGCUGGUGCCUUGAAAGAGUGCAGAAAGAAAGCAGUAGUUAGCCUAGUGCGAUGCAGUGAGGUGCAGCAAAAGGAGAUGAGGGUAGAAGACCAGAAAAUCCAAGAGAAAGAGUCCAAAGAUGAGAAAGAUCAGAAAAUGGGUGAGAGAAUUAAACAAGGGAGCAGCAAAGAAUUGGUAAAGGUUAAAUAUGGAGCAGAGUUAGAUAAGAUAAAGCAAGAAGAUUCAAAAGUCAAUGGACUGAACACUGGAGAUGAUUUACAGUUUGCAACAUCAUCAGUGCUCUGGAAUGUUAUGAGCAGGGUAAAGACACAGCCAUAUGCAACUGUCAGUUCUAAAAGAAAGACCUCUGAAGUUUACCCAAAUCAUUACUUCCAGAGACAGUGUCUAGCUAAAACAACAACUGCUGAGCUGCCCAAGUUAGUGGAGAAGUUUAUGGAGCGGGAGGAUGUAUCCAAGAUUAGUUCAGUCUCAUUGGGGUCGGAAGCUCCUGAUAUCUCGCUCCGCUAUAGAAUGCAUUAUUUGUCUGUGCUGUAUAAACAAUUUGAAUCCGAGUUUGGCAAUGUGUGUACCUAUAAUUCAUUUGCAGAUUAUGUGCCCAAAAAUGUAGUCAAACCUAGUCCAAGCCACUGGAAGACGUGCAUUUGCUUUCCCUGUAUCAAUCCUGACUUAAAGUAUGAAAAGUUGAAGUCCAAAGGAUUAAUAGGGGAGGAAAAACUUGAACUUGCCGAUGUUCUACAAGAUGCUGAGAAGGAGACUGAGUUGAGGACACAACUCCGCACCCUUCGAGAUUCAAAGGAAGUCCUCACCUACAAUUUGUGGGAACGGAACUCAAGUGGAACAGUGAAUUCCAAAUUAAGGAGUGCUAGUGAACCAGUUGCCAUUGUGGUUGCUAAAUUCCUAGAGGAGUUGAGUCUUCUGAAGGCCCACAUCCAACGAAUUUUUUGUCAGUUUGAUUCAGCAAGAUUAGCCCGUGAGAGGGCCCUUGACAGCUGGGAUGAAGUGACCUUCCAUUUGGACUGUUCUCCAUUGCCAAUCUACCCCUACCCAGGACAAGAAAAUGGUGUAUCAGAACCAGUCACAAUGCUCACAGCGCUAUCAGGAUAUAUAUGGAGCCGUGGGGGAGGACAGAAAAUUAUUGCAUUGUCUGAUAGCAAAGACUAUACCUUUGCUGGGGUCUGGGCAGCCAUGGAAAAGACCUUGCUAAAGAUGGUUGAGGCAGGGAAGAAGAAAAUUAAUAUAAUUUCAGACUCGCCCACAAACAAAUACAGAAACAAAAGUACAUUUUAUUAUCUCAGUGACUUUGCCCAGACACAUGGGGUAUGUUUGCGCUGGGUGUUCCUAGAACUCUGCCACAGCAUUGGUAAUGCAGGAAUUGUGAAGUCCGAACUAGAAAGUGUUAUACGUCAGCAAAUAUCUGCCAAUCCUGAAGUCUCUGUCAGGUGUGCAAAUGAACUUGUAAACUUAGUACGGCCACAUUCCUCUGCAGUAAUCCACAUGUACACAGAAAGAGACGUUCAGAGAUACAAGUGCAUGCUGCCUAAAUUGCGUGUUAUACAAGGAACACAGAAAUUUGUGGAAGUCAUUGUUUUUCCAGAUGAUUUCUGGGCAAGGGAUGCAGUAGAGUCAGAUUCUUUCAAAAAGUUAUCUUUUUAAUUUCAAAAGAAUGGGGCACAAUUUUCUACCUUUUAAAAAGCUCAUUAUGAAGAUGUGAAUUGUAAGUUUUCUUUUUUUCUUUAUUUACUGGUAAUAAAGAUUUCAUUUUAGAUCUUUUCUGCAAGAGAGUACAGGUAGCCAGUCCCAUAAUAUUUUUCUAUAAGAGGUGGUAUUUGAUUAUGGAAAUGUAGAAAAUUAAUUUUGAUAAUACCGACAACAUAUAAAGUAUCAUUGUUUUAAGCUAAGACUUGGGGAAAUUUAAGGAUCACAUUUUGCAAAGGAACAGAAAUGUGUGUGUGUGUGUGUGUGUGUGUGUGUGUGUGUGUGUGUGUGUGUG